CGAAAGAGGAACGCGAAGGGCGCCGCGGAGGCAAUGAAUGGCUGAAAGCUUUGGAGGAAGGAGUAGUCCAUCUAGAUCCAGAUCCAGAUCCAGAUGGGUUGAGCACAGCCCCUCCAGUCCCUCAGCUCUGGGGGCUCCUUAUGGUAAGUCAGUUGAGCCUACCAACAAUGGGCCUCACCGACUGCCUUGAUUUGCAGGCCUGGGACCAGGGAUCUGCGGUUUCUUAGCAGCCCCGCCCUGCCAGCUAAGCCCUGGGCCCCACCUCUGGAUGUCUGCAGCUCCCAUCCCAGAGGGCCAGACCCUGUGUUCUGGACCAUGGCACUCCAGCGUGCCGUCCUCCUGGCGGGCCUCCUGGUGGAAGUUGCCAGCAAAUCCUCAGAAAGCGCGGGCCAGCAGCCUGAAUGUUGUGUGGACGUGGUGGAUGUCAACACCACCUGCAGGGGCACAAGCCUGUGUGGUCCAGGCUGCUACAGGCACCGGAACGAGAACGGGAGUGUCAGCUGCGUCCGCUGCAGGAACGGCACCUUCAGCUCCCAGUGCCGCGGCCGUCCCACGGCCACGCCCGCCAGGCCCGCCUGGCCCGCUUCCCACCGAGGGGCCACAUCUCCAAGUUCGGGAGGAACGGUCGCUGGCUGGGGCGCACAGUUCCCGCUGAACAGGAGCACAGGAAUGCCCGGGCAGCCAAAUCUCGGGAGCCCUCAGGUGGCAGCCUCCCUCUUCCUGGGGACGCUCUUCAUCAGCUCUGGCCUCAUCCUGUCCGUGGCUGGGUUCUUCUACCUGAAGCGCACCAGUAAACUCCCCAAGGUUUUCUACGGAAGAAACAAAGCCCCUGCCCUGCAGCCUGGCGAAGCCGUAAGUAACCUGGAAGGAUGGGCCGAGUGCCCCCUGUCGUGGGCCUCUGUGCUGGGGGCCGCCCGCUGUUCUCACUGUGCCUUUUCUCCUUUUCAAGGCUGCCAUGAUUCCCCCGCCACAGCCCUCAGUGCGGAAGCCGCGCUAUGUCAGGCGUGAGCGGCCCUUGGACAGGGACACGGGCCCCACUGCCAUCUCCUCGGUGGAGGCCCGGGUCAGCAACGUCUGACCCGGGGACCCACCCACAACUCCGCACACCGCCUUGGAGAGAACCCAGCACACAAAGGACAGGCACUGCCCAGCAAGGCCUCAGGACAGGUCUGGACACGGCCCCUGACUCCGCGUGACUGUCUCCCAACAGGAGGUGCUGCCCGAGGGUGCUUCUGCCCUCCCCACAGGGGCUCAGUGUGAUGGACUGGGAGCCGCGUCCUUGAGCCAGGCUCAAGAGUGUAGCCAGGUGGGGUCUGGGCCCCUCGGGAGAGACCGCUCCCAGCGGCCAAGAGCCUAUAGGGACCGCUGGGCUGCUCCAUGCCCCUCCGCCUUUCCGAGCCCACAGUGGGCAGACCUCCCCCACCACCAGGCCAGUUGCCCUCCUGGCAUCCUCUCCGGGGCAGUGUCCAGACAAGGGGAGGCGUGGCAUGAGCACUGGCCCCUCCGAGGGUGAGGGGCCCACAGGGCUGUCCUGUAGCCAAGACCCCCAACCCUCACUCCCCCACGCCCAAGGCACACGUUUCCAGGAGCUGCAGAGGCGAGGUUCCUGGUUUCUUACUGACUUUUGUCAGUUUUAAGCAGAAAAGCUAGAGAGACGCUGCUUUUCUCCUCUGUCACCUGCCCCUGACCCGCUCCCUAUGCUGGGUCCAGGCGCUGCAGGUUCUUGUCCACCCAAGGAACGGACACUGUCCUGAAGCUGCUGGAGAUCAGGGCCAUGUCCAUCCAGGAUCACAUUCACCUGUGACUCCUGCCUGGCUAGCCUGGUCUCCAUGGACUUAUGGAGGGCAGUGCAGGCCAGUGGUCCUGUCCCAACUGCCCCAGGCCUGGAGACGCAUUGCUGGCCCUGGCUGGUUACAGAUAGACAGGGGUUCCUGAGAGAAAGGAGCAUUCAUGGCCACCUCGCACGCACUGGGCUCGACACUGACCUUCCCAGUUCUCAGUCGGGACUGGUAUCUCUCCUUCAGCGCCUGGUCCACAUCCCAGGGGCCCGAGGCAGGGCCUGCGUGCUCAGCUCCUGUGUCCCUUCCGCACCGUGAUGCCUGUCCCAAGCAUUCACAGUUUGCGGAUACUUGAACCCACAACUGGUCCAGCAGCUGAGAGGGGCGCACCAGCUUCAAAUCAGUGUCAAUAAACU